AUGGCUCCGCGCAUGUUCAUUUCCGGCCUCCUGGCCACGGCCGGCCUCGUUCUCCCGGCCGUAGCCCAGCUGUCCGGGACAGUUGGGCCCACCACCAGCACCGCCGCGAAGCAGCACAAGAUCUGCAACAUCAUGGACUACGGCGGAAAGGCCGAUGCGAAGGCAGACAAUGGUCCUGCCAUCGCCGCGGCGUGGAAGGACUGCGCCAAGGGCGGGGAGGUCCUGAUCCCCGAGGGCGACUACGGCAUGGCGACCUGGGUCAAGCUGGUGGGGGGCAAGGGGACCAGCAUCAACCUCGAGGGGACCAUCUACCGGACGGGCAGGGACGAGGGCAACAUGUUCAUGAUCGAGCACUCGACCGACUUUGAGUUCUACAGCGCCACCUCCAAGGGCGCCAUCCAGGGCUACGGCUACGAGUUCCACAAGGAGGGCAAGUUAGGUGCGCGUCUCCUGCGCCUGUGGGACGUCCAGGACUUCUCGGUGCACGACGUCAUCCUCGUCGACGCGCCGCAGUUCCACCUGUCUAUAGACACAUGCUCGAACGGCGAGGUCUACAACAUGAUCAUCCAUGGCGGUUACCAGGGCGGCCUCGACGGUAUCGACGUCUGGGGAUCCAACAUUUGGAUCCACGACAUCGAAGUCUCCAACAAGGACGAGUGCGUCACGGUCAAGGACCCCUCGGACCACCUCCUGAUCGAGCAGGUGCACUGCAACUGGAGCGGCGGCUGCGCGAUGGGCUCGCUGGCCACUGACAUUAACAUCCACGACAUCGAGUACAACCACAUCUACACGCACCACUCGAACCAGAUGUACAUGAUCAAAUCCAACGGCGGCACCGGCACCGUCUCGAACCUGGCCUUCAACAACUUCACGGGCCACUCCAACGCCUACACGCUGGACUUCGACACCGCGUGGGGCAGCAUGAAGAAGGUCGCCGGCGACGGCAUCAGCUACUCCAACAUCUCCUUCUCGGGGUGGCGGGGCACCUGCGCCGACGGCACGCAGCGCGGGCCCAUCAAGAUGAACUGCCCGGCCGCGGUCCCCUGCACGGGCAUCACGGUCGACGACUUCAGCGUGUGGACCGAGAAGGGCAAGCAGGUGCUGCACGGGUGCCAGAACGCGUACGGCGAGGGGGCGUGCCUCAAGCCCGGCGGCGGCGCCACUCCCGCGUACACGUCGACCAGGACCGUCACGGCGUCGGGCGACGCGGCGUACGAGACCAUGGCCAACGAGCUCGCCGCCGGGUGGGACGCCAAGUCGCCGAUCCCCAUCCCCACCAUGCCUGCGUCGUUUUACCCCGGCAGGCAGCCAAUCAGCGCCAUCCUGGGCGGCGGCGGUGGUGGUGGUGGUGGCUCUCGUGCUGGCUCCAAGGGGAAGGCCGCUGUCCCGGCCAAGGUCCCUGCUCCUUUGCCCACUGGGGGCGCUGGGGCUGGCGGCGAUGGCUCCGGCGUGCCGUCCGCGACUGGAUUCGUCACGAGGAAGUCGUCGGCUGCCGCGCCUCAGCCCACGGAUGGUGGCCGAGGCGAGCAGGGCCAGGGACGGGGCUCUCAUGGUGGUGGAUGUCACAAGGCCUAA